CCAAAAAAAUAAAAGCUUUUCAAUUUUCGGAGCUGAAAAAUCAAAAAGUAGAUCUAUUUCCUCUUCGUUUGCUUGAAAUCUCUCUGUUUCCUGCAUAAAAGCUUGCAUCUUUGGGAUUGUUUGUUGUCAAUCAGUCAUAGUUUUAACACUAAGGAGCUGACAUGGUGGGUUCUGGUCACUUUCCGUUUUGGAAGCCGAGGGAGACGCCAUGGAAUUUGAGGUCGCGUACAAAAAGCAUCACUCAAGAACAACUUGCCAAGCGUCCUGACCCAUUCUCUCUACCAUUUCUCCUUGAUGGGCUUGAUGAAGAUGGUAAAUACGGUUGGCUUUCUGAUGAUGUAAAGAGAUUUUGUAAGCUGAGACAGUACUCUACGAAUGGUUCUACCUCAUUGGAAGAUGCCGAAGCUAGAGGAGUGAAAAAAACAGCCAAGUCUGUUCAGAUUCCUAACAUUGAUUCCGAUGAUGAGUUGCCUCAAGAAUCAGUUACUCUUCUAGAUAAAAGGCAAAAGAAGCUCAAGGGAGUGGUUGUUGUGGAUCAUGAUGAUGGACGUCGGUUCUCUCCUACAGAUAAGUUCACGAAGUGCUCAGAUUCUUCACGCAAUGCUCUUCGAAACAGUUCUAAUGAUGAUGUUAUGAGUGAGAAUAGGUCAGGAUCUGACACAAGUCUUCAAGGUUAUGACGAGGAGGAUUCAUCGAUGAAUUCUAUUGAUAGUAGUGAAAAUCAAAAUCCUCUAUAUGUAGAUGCAGAGGAAGAAGAAGAGCUUUGGAGGCAGAUGGCAUUUAUUCAGGAAUCAAUUAAGGAAACGGUGGAGCAUUCACAAAUUAAUGAUCUCAAACAAGUCGAAGACUGUGACCAUUCCUUCAUCUGCAAGGACGAUAUUGGAGAAGUGUGUCGUGUUUGUGGACUCAUCAAGAAACCAAUUGAGAGCAUGAUCGAGGUUGUGUUCAACAAGCCAAAGAGAUCAAGACGAACUUAUAUGCAUGAAAAAGAAAAUGGGGAAACAAGCAGUACCUUCUCAAUAAGCCGGCAGUCUUCUCAGACAAAAGUUUUGGGAGAAAAGAUGUUCAUCCACCCAAGACAUGAUCAGGCCAUGAGACCUCACCAGACUGAAGGCUUCAGAUUUUUAUGCAACAACCUUGCAGCGGAAGAGCCAGGCGGAUGCAUAUUAGCUCAUGCACCGGGAUCAGGCAAGACAUUUCUGCUCAUCAGCUUUCUACAGAGCUUCAUGGCUAUGGAUCCGCAGGCUAGACCAUUGAUCGUCCUACCAAAGGGGAUCAUAGAUUCAUGGAAGAGAGAGUUUACUUCGUGGGCAGUUGAGAACGUCCCCCUUUUUGAUUUCUACAGCGUGAAAGCAGAAUCACGGAAACAACAGUUGAAGGUUUUGGGGCAAUGGGUCGAACAGAGAAGCAUUCUGUUUCUUGGGUACGAACAGUUUGCAAAGAUCAUCUGCGAUGAUAAAUUUGAAGCAGCGUCAGAAAAAUGUAAGCUGAUAUUGCUUGAGAAACCAACUUUGUUUAUACUUGAUGAAGGUCAUACAUCAAGGAAUAAGGAGACAAACAUGCUUAUUUCGCUUGCUCGUGUCAGGACUCCUCGAAAGGUGGUUCUCACAGGUACUUUGUUCCAAAACAAUGUUGAGGAAGUGUUUAACAUUCUGAAUCUUGUUCGUCCCAAGUUCUUGAAGCGUCCUGGAACUCGGGAGAUUGUUAACCGUAUCAUGAGCAAGGCAGAGAUACCGAGUGGCAAACAGAUGAACCAGAGUAGUAUUGAGGGAACUUUCUUCGCUGCAGUAGAGUUUACAUUACAGAAGAGUACAAACUCUUCUGCCAAAGCCAGCUUGAUAAAGGAUCUACGCGAAAUGACCCGUAACAUCUUGCAUUAUCACAAAGCAGAUUUCAGAGGCUUGCUCCCCGGACUUAGUGAGUUCACUAUCAUGCUCAACCUGAGCUCAAUUCAGAGAGAUGAAGUCGAGGGUCUGAGGAACAUGGAACUGUUCAAGCAGAUCUCUCUUGGUGCUGCUUUGUAUAUCCACCCAAAGCUCAAAUCUUUCUUGGAGGAAAACCCGUCAAACAGUGAAAAGAGUUUUGAUGAUAACAAUAACACAAUGAGGAAGCUAGACAAGGUGCUGGAGAAGAUCAAUGUGAGAGACGGUGUGAAGAUGAAGUUCUUUCUAAACCUCUUAGCUCUGUGUGAAUCAACAGGAGAGAAGCUCUUGGUGUUCAGCCAAUACAUAGCUCCAAUAAAGACUCUUGAGAUACUCAUGAGCUCAAUGAAAGGAUGGCAUUUAGAUAAAGAGAUGUUCACAAUCACAGGAGAUUCGAGCAAUGAGCAAAGAGAAAGUUCAAUGGAGCGAUUCAACAAUUCUCCAGAGGCAAAAGUGUUUUUCGGAUCGAUAAGAGCUUGUGGGGAAGGAAUAUCACUGGUGGGAGCAUCAAGGGUUCUGAUACUUGAUGUUCAUCUGAACCCAUCAGUGACUCAGCAAGCCGUGGCUCGAGCUUACAGGCCAGGACAGAAGAGGAAAGUGUAUGCAUACAGGCUCGUAGCUGCGGAUUCACCAGAGGAAGAGAACUACAAAACAAGUACGCGCAAGGAGACGAUGUCGAAGAUGUGGUUCGAGUGGAAUGUUGGAUCGGUAAGAGAAGAUUUUGGGUUUAGAGCCAUUGAUGUUGAUCACUCCGGUGAUGCGUUUCUUGAGACGCCCAAGUUAAAGGAAGACAUCAAAUGUUUAUACACAAGGUAAACCGAUUAGAGAACCGGUUCGAACCGGAAAUAACAUUGUAAUAUUUGCAUUAAUUUUAUAUUUUCUAGACAUUUUGGUUUAAGUGAUGAACCGAAUUGAAUUUGAA